UCCACAGGCUCCAGCUGGGAGGCAGCGGGGACGGGCGGCUGCGUGGCCCCUCACUGUGCGGCAGCGAGCACCGGGCACCGGCCACACUGCUGGGCACCGGGUCCCAGGUACCAGCACCAACCGGCACCGGCCACCUUCGGGGGCAUCAUGCAGGCAGUUCAGUGGCGGCUGGGGCAGGAGGUCGUGGCGGCGGUCCCCCCAGUCCAGGCACCAUCAUCUGCAUCCCCAGCCAUGUCCAUGUCGAGCCCCUCGGAUGCAGAGAUUAGCUCCUGCCUACUGCCAGGCACCCAGGUGCCCAGAGGGGAGGACGAAGAGCCCAGGGAGAAAAAGGUCUGCGCCGUGUGUGGGGACAGCGCCACUGGGUACCACUUCCACGUCAUGACCUGCGAGGGCUGCAAGGGCUUCUUCAGGCGCUCCAUCAACAAGGGCGUCCGCUUCACCUGCCCCUUCGCCCGGAGCUGCCCCAUCACCAAGGCCAAGCGGCGGCAGUGCCAGGCCUGCCGCCUCCAGAAGUGCCUUGACAUGGGCAUGCGGAAGGACAUGAUCAUGUCGGAGGAGGCGCUGCGGCGGCGGCGGGCACUGCGGGGGCAGCGGCGGCUGGCGCAGGAGCAGCCGGAGGGGCUGACGGCGGAGCAGCAGGAGCUCAUCGACAUCCUUAUUGUGGCCCACCAGCGCACCUUUGACUCCAGCUUCUCCCAGUUCACACACUACUGGCCCGCUGUGCGUCUCUACGUCCCCAGCCCGCAGCCACAGAGCCCGCUGGAACCAGGCACCCCUGCCGCGUGGCCACCAUCUCCGCAGCCAGACUGCCUGGACGAGGACGUGCUGCCCGACGUCUUCUCCAUGCUGCCUCACAUUGCUGACCUCGGCACCUUCAUGAUCCAGCAGAUCAUCAACUUCGCCAAGGAGAUCCCAGCUUUCAGGAGCUUGCCCAUCGACGACCAGAUCUCGCUGCUGAAAGGGGCUGCCAUGGAGAUCUGCCAGAUCCAGUUCAACACCGUCUUCAAUGUGGAGACCAAUGCCUGGGAGUGCGGGCAGCACUGCUACACCAUCAAGGACGGAGCCCUGGCUGGCUUUCAGCAGAUCUACCUGGAGCCGCUGCUCAAGUUCCACAUCAGCCUGAAGAAGCUACAGCUGCACGAGGCCGAGUACGUCCUGCUCCAGGCCAUGCAGCUCUUCUCACCAGACCAUGCCAGCAUCGCCCAGCGGGACUUUGUCGACCAGUUCCAGGAGAAGGUGGCCCUGACGCUCAAGAGCUACAUUGACCACCGGCACCCCAUGCCCGAGGGCAGGUUUCUCUACGCAAAGUUGCUGCUGCUGCUGACAGAGCUGCAGACGCUGAAGAUGGAGAACACACGACAGAUCCUCCACAUCCAGGACCUGUCCUCCAUGACACCGCUGCUCUCCGAAAUCAUCAGCUAGAGCCUGCGCCAAGCCCCGGCCCCCGGCUGCGAGCACCAGGGCUCACCAGCUACCAGUGCACUUUGCAGGGCAGAGUAAAGCUCCUUUAUUUUUCCAGGC